AUGUGUGAGAAGAGGAGUCGACUGAGGCAGAGCUUCCUGCACCCCAUGGGAGACAAGGGCAAUGUCUCUGCAGGGCUGGCAGCCUAUCGUGCAAAGGGCUUGGCAACGUUGCAAGCCAUGGAGAUGCACGACCGGCCGCUGGCAGAGCCGCGGAGAGACAGCGGUCACGAUGCAGGUUUGUCUGCCUAUCGCGCCCAUGGCUUGGCAACCUUACAGGCCAUGGAGGCGUCUGGGAAUGGGCAGAUGUGGCCGACCACCCAGGUCUACACCAGUGGGGCAUCUCAGGGGAGGUGA